AUGAGGGGAGGAGAAACCGUGGAGGCUAGAAGGCUAGGCAGUUUGAUGUGUACCAUCCGAGAACCAUCAGCAUCUUGUCCUCGUGCCUGUGCGCGUGCACACAGGGAUGGGAGCGAAUCUGCUACAGGUCCAUUACAGUCGACUGAAUAUACUUACUGGGGGCUUGUCAGUGCAGAACAUCCUUCCUCUGAGCUAUAUCGGUUCCAGAAAAGGUCCACGAAAAGGCAGUCGGAGGAAGAACUAGAUUGUGGAGAUUAUAUUCGGUUUGACCCAGAGGCCUCUCCUGCCUACGAAAGUAUGGAUGCGGAGAAUGUCACGGUCGAAGGCUUUGGCCUCGAUAUUUGGGGCGCCGAGAUCAAAUACAAGCCUGUUUUAGGCCCGCCUUGUGUGUCUGUACCAGAACUGCCAAGAUAUCCUUUCUUGCUGGUCGCUGCUCUCCGCAAAAUAGAGGAGCUCCGCUUUCAAAGACAUCUCGCCUCGGCCGAAGUCAGGGAAAUAGGUAGAUGGCUUGACACUUUGAGUCAAGAGGCGUGGAGCAACACGUUGGACUGCCAAUCUGACCAUGAGGGGCGUGUCCUUGCCAGGCUUUUUCCAUAUCUGCACCGGGCAAAUUUUUCAAUAUUGACAACCAUCUCGCAAGGACCUACCUCGUUUGACGAGAGCAAUUACGAUAAGGCGUGA